CUGGCAGCAGUCGUGAGUCUUAACGGGUGUUGUUUAUGUUUUUGAAAUGAUAAUUUGAAGUUAUUAGUUUCUCGUGUUUUCAGUUGUACUGGGCUGUAGUACAGUUUUUGUUUUGGAAAAUUCAUCCGGUGGGUCUUUUAAAAUUUCGUGGCGCUCUGCACUGAACUAUGGCUCCAGUUAAUCUCCACCUGAAGACUGCCUCCAGAAUAGCUCGUCACGUGGCUGAAGUAGCAAUAAAAAAAAUAUCCAAGAACACUAUCAGGAAACCCGCCGCAGUUCGACGUCGUUCAGGCGCGUCUAGCGGCUGUGGUUUGAAGCGUGUGGUUGACCACGCAAAGAACAUAACGCCCCUCCUGAAGAAGGGACUUGCCAAGGUUAAACGCGAUGGAAUAACAAAAGUGUCAAGGGACUUUGUGCAGAUGGCCACUAGGGAGAUUCUAGGCGUGUAUUCCUCUGGGAGAACUUUAGCCGUGACGCUAGGUGGUUCCUCUAGUGUAGUGACGGGAGACACUAUAGAGGGGAACACAGACUGUGUACCAGAGGAGUGCGGGACGGAUGAAAACUCUAAUUUCACUUGCGUAAAUACAAAAGGGCACGUGACCUAUUGUAAUGACGUGAGUCUCCUGGUCCCAGAACGGUCUCCUCUUCCCCUGGAGUCUCCUACACUGCCCUGGAAGUCUCCGCUACCCUGCGACUCUCCUCUACCCUGGCGCAACACGGGGAGACUCCAGCUCCGGCCCGGAUCACCACAGUUUGAAGAUUGCAAUUGAUCACAACUGAUCCUUCUAAAUGGUUUUAAUUUUAAUUUAAUAAAUUUUAAAAGUUUUAA